AUGGGUUCCCUCUGGCCUCUGGGGUAUUUCUCUGAGGAUUCUGAAAAUAGAAUUGUUAUGGACAAGGAUACUGAAAUGAAGAUGGUGCCACCGAUGUUUGAUCUACUUGGCUUCCUAGAGUUGGUUGCUGUUUAUCGAUAUUUUCCUAGCCUGGCGGUGGAUAGUCCCUUUUCAACUGCAAUGGAUGAGAAGAAGGAAAUCCCUUCUGUUGUUUACCAGUUCAAUUCUUCCAUCAACCUUUUCCGCAAGGCCAAAAUGAUGGAUGAUGCAUUGAAGACGUACAGAAGAAUGCAAGAGAUGAAAAUUCAACCCACUAAGCAAACACUUACCUAUCUGUUAUAUGCGAUCUUGUGGGGGAACAUUAAGAGGAAUAUGGAGAGUGAAAAUUUGGUGGCGUCAGAAGCCAGAACUGAGGCUCAGUUGAUUGAAGAGAAGUUCAAUAUGAACUGGGAUGAUUUACUGCAAGAUUUUUGCAAUAUUAAAGUAAAUAGAGGAGAGCUAAGAAGUGAAUAUGGGGUUAAAUUAGAUUCACUAAGGUAUCGGCACGUAGAAAAGAAAAGCCAUUCAUGGUGCAUUGCGGCUCUCAUUGACCAAAACCAAUUACCUUCUACAGCUCCGAGUUUCCUAUUUGAAGGUUUUGCAACAGCGAAUAUGGAAGAUGCAUUAUGGUUCUCAGAUGAAACCAAACUCGUACUCCAUUUGUAA